GUCAUCGGCUCGUUAUCUUGCCAGCGUGGAUAAAUAGUGAAACAAAUUCGCCGGAGUUUGGAAUUGCUUUCUUUGUCUCUCUAUUUUUUUGUCUCUGAAUUUGACGUCCAGAAUGCUCAGCACCAAGGUUCUCGCCCCCUCCAAGCAGCUCGCUCGCUCGCUCGCCUCUCUGGGUGGUGUGCGCUCAAAGCACACGGUCCCUGACCUGCCCUACGACUACAGCGAGCUGGAGCCGGUGAUCUCGGCCAAGAUCAUGCAGCUGCACCACGACAAGCACCAUGCGACAUAUGUGGCCAACCUGAACGUGGCCGAAGAGAAGCUGGCUGAGGCGCAGGCCAAGAACGACGUCGCGGCGCAGGUUGCGCUGCAGGGCGCCCUGCGCUUCAACGGCGGCGGCCACGUCAACCACUCGAUCUUCUGGCAGAACCUUAUCGGCGAGAAGAACGGCGGUGGCCAGCUGCACGACGGUGCGCUGAAGACGGCUAUUGAGCAGCAGUUUGGCUCGCUCCAGACACUGUCGGCGAACGUCAACGGCAAGACCGCUGGCAUCAUGGGCUCGGGAUGGGGAUGGCUGACGCUGAACAACGCUACUGGCAAGCUCGACGUCAUCACCACCGCCAACCAGGACAUGCCGUCGUCGGUGGGCCACGUGCCGCUGCUCGGCAUUGACGCCUGGGAGCACGCGUACUACCUCGACUACAACAACGUCAAGGUCGACUACUUCAAGAACAUCUGGCGCGUCAUCAACUGGAAGGAUGUGGCCAAGCGCUACGACGAUGCUGUGGCCGCGUACAGCGCCAGCAAGAACUGAAUAUAAUCCAUUUCUAGCUGAAAUCUAAGUGAAUCAAUCCAAACACCACGUUCUGCAGAACAUGGAUAGUCACCAGCAC